CCUUGAAUUAGCAGUAGCAACGGUUGUUGCAGGAGAACACAACUCGUUCGACACCGGUACUGGUUUUGAGACAUAACCAAUACCAUACCCACAUUUCCCGUCCUGCUGGCACGGUGUUUGCAGCGGAACAGUAGUGAAUUACAUUAUAAAUCAUUGUAUCAGUGAGUUAGUUUGUAAAUAGAAUUUGAGAAAAUUGAUUACACUAAACUUCAGUCAUGGGUGCUUUAGUGAAAUUCAUUGUUUUAAUUAUUGCUUUGGCGGUAGGCAAUGUUAUUUACAAAAUUAAUCAACACCCGCCGGUAACAGUGCCUCCAGAGAAAUGGUGGGGUCCUGGAGAACCACCAUCCAAGGAAGAUAAAAGUAUUGUUCCUUUUAAAAUCAGUGUUAGCAAUACGGUUUUAGAGGACUUGCAAAACCGACUAAAAUCUGCUCGUGAUUUUGUCCCUCCCCUCGAAGGCGUUCAACAACAGUAUGGCAUAAACACAAAGCUGUUAAAAACCGUCGUUGAUUUUUGGUUAACAAAGUAUGAUUGGCGCGAACGGGAAAAAUUCCUCAACCAAUAUCCUCAAUUUAAAACAAAAAUACAAGGUCUAGACAUCCAUUAUCUCCACGUAAAGCCUAAGAACGUGCCCAGCGAUGUAAAAGUCCUACCUCUUCUUCUUCUUCAUGGUUGGCCUGGUACAGUGAGGGAAUUUUAUGAAAUCAUUCCUUUGUUAACGACUGUACAAAAGGACAAGAAUUUCGUUUUCGAAGUAAUUGCUCCUUCGCUUCCUGGAUAUGGAUUUUCUCAAGCAGCUGCAAAACCAGGUCUAGGAGCCAGCAAAGUUGCUGUUGUGUUUAAGAAUUUGAUGAAACGAUUGGGCUAUGAGAAAUAUUAUGUGCAAGGAGGCGACUGGGGUUCCUCUAUCGGGUCAUCGAUGGCCUUAUUCUUUCCAGAACAUGUUAAAGGGAUACACUUAAAUAUGUGUAUGUCUAAUAGUCUUUUGUCAAAAAUGAAGUUACUGGCAGGUAGUGUGUGGCCAAGUUUGGUUGUCGACGAGAAACAUAAACAUAAGCUUUAUCCUCUUGGUGACUAUAUAUCGAAUGCUCUCUUGGAAUUUGGAUAUAUGCACCUCCAAGCAACUAAACCGGAUACAGUUGGUGUCGGUCUUAACGAUUCACCAGUCGGAUUGGCAGCUUACAUAUUAGAGAAAUUCACCACUUGGACCGAUCCCGCGUGGAAAAACAGGGCCGACGGUGGUUUACUAGAAAAGUACACAUACGCCAAGCUUUUAGACAACGUGAUGAUUUAUUGGAUAACAAAUUCAAUUACAACGUCUAUGAGGUUGUACUCUGAAACGAUAAACAAAGAAGAAAAUGCCUUUGAAGAAAUGGGUCCUAUUCAAGUUCCUGCCGCAUGCGCCCUUUUCGAUAAAGAAAUUAUAUAUCAACCAAGAACAAUACUUCAAGAUAAAUAUCCAAAACUAGUUCAAGCUAACGAGUACGAUGGAGGACAUUUUGCAGCGUUUGAAGUUCCUGAGACUCUCGCCAAAGACAUUUGGCUUGCUGUUACGAAAAUUGAGGAUUUGCCGCCACCAAAAUAACAUGGUUGUAGCAGUAGAAUUUUUAGAGGUUGGUGGGCAAGCGCUAAAACUAGCGUGUUAAGACUGAAGUGAAUUGUUUUUGUUAUGUUUUGUUAUAAAUUUGUAUUUGCUUAUUAUUUUUCUGACAUGUCAUUAUUUUUGUUAAUUCUGGGUCCUAAACUUUGAGUGUUUUGUUAACUGUUGUGUAAAUAGAAAUGUCAUCCGCAAGGCUACAAUUUUUACAUGAUUUCAAUACAACGUAUAAAAUUAAUAA